CCAUCAAUUCCAAUAUUGCCAACACAAAUAUUUUAUCAUCUUCAUAACCAUAUUCGUUCCUGUAUUUUCGUUAAUCUAUUAGAGUAUAUAUUACUUUGUUAUAAUUCAACUUCACUUUGUAUAGUUCAAAUUGCAUUAACUUAUUCCAGUUUUAGGGUUUCUUUGUUGCGAAGAAUAUAUAAUUAACAUGAGGAGGGACGUGAUGGAAUUUGAGCGUGUUCUUACUUACUUUGAUGAAGAUGGCGACGGAAAGAUUUCGCUGACAGAGUUAAGGAGUAGAAUGACGAAGAUUAGUGGAGAUUUUCUAUUGAAUGAAGCAGAAAUUGCAAUUGAGUCAUUGGAUUCUGACGGUGAUGGUUUAUUGACUUUGGAGGAUUUGAUAAUGCUUAUGGAAUCAGUGAGUGAGGAUGAAAAACUGAAGGAUUUGAAAGAAGCAUUUGAAAUGUAUGAUAAUGAAGGGUGUGGGUUCAUAACACCAAAGAGUUUGAAGAGAAUGUUGAAAAAAUUGGGAGAUUCUUCUAAGACCAUUGAUGAAUGCAAAUUGAUGAUUGGAAGGUUUGAUUUGGAUGGGGAUGGUGUGGACAUGAUGGAAUUUGAGCGUGUUCUUAGUUACUUUGAUGAAGACGGUGACGGAAAGAUUUCGCUGACAGAGUUAAGGAGUCGAAUGACGAAGAUUAGUGGAGAUUUUCAAUUGAAUGAAGCAGAAAUUGCAAUCGAGUCAUUGGAUUCGGAUGGUGAUGGCUUAUUGAGUUUGGAGGAUUUGAUAACGUUUAUGGAAUCAGUGAACGAGGAUGAGAGAUUGAAGGAUUUGAAGGAAGCAUUUGAAAUGUAUGACAAUGAAGGGUGUGGAUUCAUCACACCAAAGAGUUUGAAGAGGAUGUUGAAAAAAUUGGGAGAUUCAAAGUCUAUUGAUGAAUGUAAAUUGAUGAUUGGAAGGUUUGAUUUGAAUGGAGAUGGAGUGCUUAAUUUUGAAGAAUUCAGAAUCAUGAUGGAGUGAAUGAUGAUGCUUGUAUCUUUCUCUCUUUGGCCUUGGGCUAUCGGGUUUCAUUCAUUAAUUCUUUUGUAUAAUAUCAUGCAUAAUUACAUUCAUGCGACUAACCUGUAUAUUUAUAUAGAUGUUUUUAUGUAAUGAAAAUUUUAUUUGGAAUUUGGAAUUUGGAUAUAUAAAUUCUUGGCAAACACAAGGUCAUUUGAUUA